CCGGGGAGAAGAACCACGGUGUCUGCUUUUCCCUUUUUGCAGAUGAGCACUCCAUCUCAAGAAAGAGCCACCUUGUUAUCACGAAGCCACUCGCAUUCACAUCUGUCCCGCCAGCUCACAGGUAGCUUUGCGGCUUUGGAGUGGCCGAGCUGUCAGAGAUAGCGUUGUUAUGCUGCAACCUUUCCUGGGGGUGACAUUGGCUAAUUGCCAAGGUGGGGAUUAGUUGCACCCCCAGCCGCCCACCUCCCACACACGCACGCACACGCAGUCCCUCUCUGCCUCCUCCUUCUCCUGGCCCUCCCCUCCCCUUCCCCAGCAAUUAUUCCCCAGCCUGCAUUAAGUGUGCAAACAGGUGCACUCCAACAAGAGCGCAAACAGGCUGAGCGCCUCUUCCUGUUCCUCCUGGGAGAGCAACGCGCGGAGGCGGGCGACCGGCGAGCUUUCAUCAGCUCCGAGCAGCUGGCGCUGGAGCUGAAGACGCGUGGCGUCCGGCCGGCGCGGGAGGCGGCCAUCGGGCGCCAGCUGCGAAGAUUCCGCCUCUCGACCUGCUGGACUUCCUGGCCUACCUGCCGCUCUUCAUGCUUAUCCACACAUCGGUGGUGGCCAACCCACUCGACGACGACGCGCGACUCGGACCAGAGUGAAGAGCUGCGUCUUCUGCCGAUUCUCUGGGCCCAAAUGACCACUUUGAUGGGAGCAGAUCAUCGUCUGUGCGAGGUUUCAUUCAAGUUUAGCUUCUGAUUUGCCGUCGCUUAGUUUAACAGCAGCCCCGAGAAGGUUGACGCGCUUUGGAAGCUCAAAUAGCACCCAAACUGAGGUCCAAGUCGCCACUUGGCCAAAUUUCGUCGCUAUGAGGUCUCUGAAUUACGUGCAGCGUGUUAGUUUGGACUUCUCGGGCACGCUCUUUCCUCACGCCAUCUGCCUGGGAGAUGCUGACAACGACACGCUCAACGAGCUUGUGGUGGGCGACACGAGCGGCAAGGUGCACGUGUACAAGAAUGACGACAGCAAAGCAUGGAUCACCAGGACCUGCGCGGGCAUGCUGACGUGCGUCGCCGUAGGAGACGUGUGCAACAAGGGGAAGAACUUUGUGGUGGCCGUGGGAGCGGAGGGUUGGUUCCACCUGUUCGACCUGAGCGCCGCCAAGGCCGACUCGACGAGUCAGCACGAAAGUUUCGCCGUGGACGAGCAGAAGCCGUUCUUCACGCAGCACAUCCCUGCUAACACCAGAGUCAUCCUCAUCAGCGAUAUCGACGGCGAUGGCCGCAGCGAGCUGGUGGUGGGCUAUACCGACCGAGUGGUGCGAGCGUUCCGAUGGGAAGAACCUUCAGAUGCUUCCGACUCGGGGUCCGGUCAGCUGGUCCUGCUCAAGAAAUGGCUGCUGGAUGGACAGGUGGACAGUCUGUCGGUGAACCCGGGUCCCGAGGGCCUGCCGGAGCUCAUGGUGUCCCAGCCCGGCUGCGGCUACGCCAUCUUGCUCUGCUCCUGGACGCAGCAGGACUCGCCGGCCGCCUGCGACGACCACCACCACCACGGCGACGAGGACGCGCCCGCCCCGUCCGGCAGUGAGGGGCCUUCACAAGAUGUCAUUCUUCAUCUCACCACCGGGCGGAUCCACAACAAGAACGUUUCAACACAUCUCAUCGGGAGCAUCAGCAAAGGCUCGAAAGAGGAGUCCUCCAAAUGUGGCCUCUUUGCUCUCUGCACUUUGGAUGGGACGCUGAAGUUGAUGGACAGUUCCGAGCAGCUGCUGUGGUCGGUGCAGGUGGACCACCAACUCUUUGCCCUGCAGAAGCUUGAUGUCACGAGGGACGGGCGCGAGGAGGUAGUAGCGUGCGCCUGGGACGGCCAGACGUACAUCAUCGACCACAACCGCGCGGUGGUGCGCUUCCAGUUUGACGAGAACGUCAACGCCUUCUGCGCUGGUCAGUACACGUGCAAGGAAGGCAAGAACAGCCCGUGUCUGGUCUACGUCAGCUUCAACCACAAGAUCUACGUUUACUGGAAGGUGCAGCUGGAGCGCAUGGAGUCCACCAACCUGAUGCGCGUGCUGGAACAGCGGCCCGAGUUUAGACAUCAGCUGGCGGCGUUGGGGGUCGGUGGCGAAAACCCGGCGGCCGUCAGAUCGCUACUGUCAGACGUUCUCUACAAGGACGCGCACUGAUCUUCUUGGUCGUCUUCAUUUUGUCCGCACUCAUAAAUGCUUGGCGACAUGCCUUCUCCUCCUCCUCAUCCUCUGAAAAAGCCACCGUCAAUCAAAUGUGACAGGCCGCUGGAAGCGCUUCAGUCACUUGGCGCCGCCUCUGCCUUUUUCACCCGUCAAUCUUGUUUGCCUCCAACACGUGUCAGAAGCUCCCUCAUUCAUCCUCCUCAUUUGGGAGGAUUCCGUCGGCGCCCUCCCUGCUCCUUGGGGAAAAUGGAGGCCGAUUGGCAGCCCGCGCGCCCUUCCAGCACAGUGACAAAAUAACAAUGCUCGUCUCACGUUGACGUUUCUUUGAUGUCAUGUCGACACAAACGCUAUAGGCGUCACUUGCCGUGCGGCGCCAGCAGACCGGAGAGUCGUGCGCGCGCCGCGACCGACAGCCGGCAAACCAGUUUGUUCGUUUUCAUUCAUUGGUUUGGAUUCAUUUAUCAAGAAUACAAAUCAAAGAGCCGAGCAAGACUCUCCUUGGCUUGGUUUGGCGGCCCAGUGAGUCGGUUACGUAAGCUUGAUCCGAUCGGCGGUGACAGGCAGCUGCGCCUCUUGCCUCAAGAACCUCAUCACAUGACACCGCCGCAAUAUACUGACCAGCCCCCCGUCACAGCCCAAAAGCAAGCCUCAUCGUUUUACUAGUCGGCAACAAAAUGAGCAUCGUUAGCGUUGUAAAUGCAACAUUUCUCUUUUGCUUUUUUGCGCAAAUUAAAAAAUGAUCACCGCUUCAAGGC